AUGGAUAUCUAAAAAUAUAUUGGCAUCAUUUUGAAUGCAGCUAAAAUAUAAGAGACUAUGAAGGAUUUCGAAUUAGUCUAAUAUGUUUUAGAACUUUCAGAUAAUGAAUUAGAAAAUAAUAUUAUAAAAUUAAAAGGAACAGGAAAUAAAAAAUAAUGUUCAGCCUCUUUUAGUAAAAAUACUUUAUAUUUUUAAUGUUUUGAUUGUUGUAAAGAACCUAAUCAUGUUUAUUGUUAAGAAUGCUAUAUGCCAGAAAAACAUUAGAGUAUAAUAUUUUUUAUUCAUUAGAUCAUGUAGUCACAUAUAAUUAUUUGAGUUCUGGAUGUUGUGAUUGUGGAGAUACUUUGAUUAUGAAGAAAAAAUCAUUCUGCAAUAAACAUUCAUAAAGUCAAAUUGAAAUGCCAAUUCCUGAGAAAUUAUUUGGGAGUAAUAAUUUAUAUAAUCAAUCUAGUAAAUUUGACAGAGAGAUUAAGAUAGUUUAUUAUGAUUUCCUUUGGACUUUUGUUUGAAUGCACUUAGAAAAUUGUUGACUAUACAAAUUAAACGAUUUUUUAAAUAUAAAAUGCAAUAUAAAUUUUGAAUUUAGAAAAUUCGCUAAAUUUUAUCGAGGAUAAUAAACAAGAACUUUUAGAUAAAUAAAUAGCUAAGGAAUAAGGUUAAAAGUUGUAUACACUUUUAUUCAAAAUCCUUAAAUAUUUAUCGAAAGAUAAUAUUCCUUGGAGUUAUGCUAUUAGCAAAUUUCUUUAAAUUCCAAUAGAUGUGAAUAUUCAAAAAUUCAUAAAAUUAUAUCAUGUUCAUUCAAAUGAUCCUUUAUUUAAUUUUAAAUUGGAUAAAUAAUAAUAAAUCUGCUAAUGUUCAAUACUUAAUUUAAUAAUAAAACAUUAUGUUUUUUUUUCACGAUUUUUAUAAUAAGAUUCAAAUAAUAUUUCAGAUUUAUUUUAUGAAUUUCAUGUUGAUGACAAUUUUAAACCAUAUAUUUGCAAAUAAAUAAUUAUAAAUUUUAAUCACUUAUAUAAUCCAAUUUAAAAAUUUAAAUUAAUUACUAUCAAUAAUUAAGAAAUCAAAAUUACACUCAAUACAAUAAAUUAUACAGAAUAUAAAAAGAUAAAUGAAAUCUUUCCAAAAUUGGCUUAAGAUAAAAAUAUUACAAAAAUUUAUUGUAAAAAUAAGGUUGAAAGAGCUUCUAUCUUUGGAUAUUUCUAUUAGUUAAUUGGACAUUUAAUGAUAGUACUAAUAAACCUAAAAAAAGAAUCUAAGAAUCCUAAUGUUUAUUCUAUGUUCGAAUUAUUCUCAAAUCAAUUACUCUAAUUGUAAUAUAUAUACUAAUAUAUUUAGACCAAUAUGCAAUUAUUAAUCUCAGCUAUUCUGUUAGUCUUUUGAAGAUAUAAUUGUAUAAUAAUUUAAUAAUAAUAUUGUAAAAAAACUAUUUGAAUAAAUUUCUGAAAUUUUAUAUUUAGAAGAUGAUAAAUUUAAAUUUAGUUCAAUUCUACCCAAUAAUCCUAUAUUCAGUAAAUUGUAAUAGAAUUCUCUAUUAAUUUAUGUCUUAACUAAAAUAUACCCUUGUUAAUAAACUGAGACUACAACUUUCCAUUUCCUAAAUCCAGAUGAACAAAUAAAAUUCCAAAUUUCAUUAGAAAUACAAAUUAGUACACUUUAAAAUUAUCGAAAAAUGUUAUCUGUGUUAGUUGAGACCUGGAAAGAUGUUUAUAAAUAAAAUAAAAUUGGAUCUUAAAAUAUAUUCCGAUUAGUCAUUAAUUACUUUAUUAAUAACUAUAUUACAUCUUUUACAUUGAAAUCUGGAUCAAAAUUAUAAAAUUAUUUAUCUAAUAUAGUGAUUUGUGAUAGAAAUUUCAUAACCUUAUUAUCACUUUUUUUAAUAGAUUAUAAUGAUUCCUAAGAGGCUUAAGAGAGUUUAUUGGAGACUAGUGGACUUAAAUAAAAUAUAUUUAAAUAAGUUAUGAUAAAAUUGUUGAAAAGAACUUUACUUAAUAUUAUUGUAUUGAAUAAAAAAGGUAAUCCAUCAUUAUAUAAGGGAUAAAUUAAAUUAUAUAAUAAAUAAUUGAAAUUAUAGGAAGUUUCACUUGAAUAAGUGGAUGUGGCUUAUAUUUAAUUAUAUGCAUUUUUAUUUGGUUCUGAAGGAAUUAAUGAUAUUAUCUCCAACUAUAUAGAUAUUGCUACAUUUUUUAAUUACAAACCAAAUCCAUAAUUUCUUAUAUGUAGAAUUGCUUAAACAGAUUAUGAUCUAAUUUAAUGUGUAGGUGAUAUAUUUGGAUAAGAUAGUUCAGAAUAAUUUUAAAAAGGGCUAAAUAAAUUAUUCCAAACAAUUUUUUUUGUUCAGUCUUUUUAUAAAGAAAAUGAACUAAGAGAAUUACUUAAGUAAUUUAGUUAUGAUAGUAGUAUUAAUUUAUAAAAUCUAAUUUUAAGUUCUUGUGUGUUGAAUUAAGAUAAUGAAUAAUUAUAAUUAAAAAGAUCCCUCUUACCAGUUUAAUAUGAACCAAUCUAUGCUUAAUUAGUUUUAAAACUAAAAGAUUAAAUUACAGAUAAAUUAAGAUCAUAAAAUGAUCUAUAAUCAGAAUUAUUUGGAACAUCUCUUGAAAAUGAAUUAAAUUUAUUAAAUUAACAUAAAUCAACUUUAACAUAUAAAAGAUAAGCUAUUUUAAAGGCUAUAGCUGCUGAUAAAGAAUAAAUAGUACUUCAAAAUAUUUUAGAAAAUCUUUUAAUUUAAUAACAAUAAGGAGAAAUAUAAUAAGUUUCUAAAAUUUUAGUGAAACAUUCUGUUUAUAUUAACUUAGUAUUAUUAUGUAAUAAAAAUUUUCAAAAUCCAUAUUCAAAUCUCUCACAAUAUUUGUAAGCAAUUUCAUAAAUAUGUCUACACAUAUUAGAAAAUGUUAAUUUAACUUAAACAAUAAAUAAUAUUUUUUCAAUUUUUGUUAAAUAAAUUGAUGAUAAAUUAAUUGGCAAUUACUCUUAAAUUGAAAGUGAUGCUUAAAAAGCAUGUAAAACAUAAAUUAAAAAAAAACUUUACUUAGAAAAAUUUAAUAAUAUGUCAUAAAGUUUUAACUCUUAAAUUUAAGUAGAUACUCCGACAUAAAAUACAACAGUUAAUUGUUCUUUAUGUUUAUUACAAUUUGAAAAUGAUUAACUUUAAUAUAGAGGUUUACUGAUUACAUAUUCCAAUAUUCAUUAAUUUAUUGAUAAAUUACCAAAAUUAUAAAAUUAGAAAGUAGAUUUUUUUUCAAUUAUAGCAUCAAGUUGUUAACAUACAUUUCAUAAAAAGUGUUUAGCACAAUACAAAUAACAAUAUGUUGUAGGAGAUUUUCAAUAUUUGAGAUGUCCAAUUUGUAAGGAGCCAUACAAUUUUCCUUUCAUUAAUUCAAUUUAAAUCCAAAGUACUUAAGAUAAAAUAUUACUAUAAAAUUUUGAAUUUUUUUUAAGAACUCUUAAUGAUAAUAAAAUAAUGGAAUAUUAUUAAAAACAUACAAUUAAUAAUGAAUUAAAUAUUCCAAGUGUUUUAGAUGAAAUAUUUUCAUAAGUUCUCUGUAAUUUACUAUUUUAAUUAUUAAGUGAUUUAACACAAUUUAAAGAAAAAAAUACACAUCUAUUAUUAUAAGAUGUCUUAAUUUUAUUAAGAAUAAUUUAUCAAAAAACAUAAAAUACUAUUUUAGAAUAAAUACAAGAUAAUGAUAAUUAGAUCCUAUUUAAAAUCAUAAAAUUACUAUUGUAAACAAAAAUAAAAUAAAAUAAUAUUAAUUAAUUAAAAUCUGGAUUAGAUAACAUACUUUAUGGAGAUGUAAAUAAAACUGCCAUACAAGAAGCUCUAACUCAACACUUUAUAAUAGCAUAAUUUGAAUAAUAAUAAUUAUCAUAUGAUAUUUAAAAAAUAAGAUUUGAAUUAGAAUAGAAUUAUAUAGAGAAAUUUUAAUUAAAUUUCAAAGAUUUCUUAAUAAAGCAUUAUCUUAAACCUUGUUAAAAAAAGUCUUGCUAAUUUUUGCCAUUAUCAAAAAUUAAUAAUUAGGAACCAAGUUAAUUCAUAUGUUUGAUAUGUUUCAAAAAGAUGUGUGCUCAUUAUUGUGGAAAACCAUCAAAAGUAUAUACAUAUAUUUGAUUUUUGUAGAAAAAUAUUGGAAAUUUAUCUAGGCAUUGCUCUAAAAAACAUAAUGGCAAAACAAUUUAUCUGUAUUUAAGAAAUAGUUAAGUUGUGAUAAUGUAAUAACCAUACAUUAUUACUAAUAAUAACCCAUUAUUUAAAAAUUUAUUAGGAGAAUUACCAUUUAUAGGAAAUUAUUAAUCAAGUCAUUAUGAAUAGUUCAAUUUAAAUGUUAAAGCUAUCAAUUAAAUUAUUGAAAUAAUCUUUUAAGAUAAAUUUAUUCAUAGUUUAAUAUAAAACCCUAAAAAAGUACAAUAAACUACCAUGUGA